AAGUUUAUAUCUUUCGAUAUCUUUCCUAUCUCAUGAUAUCCAUAAGACCCAUUGCACCCAAAGAUAAACACGAGUGGUGGAAGCUCUGGUGCGACCCCGACGAAUCGUACCUCCAGACCACCGGGUCGCUCGCCAGCGUCUCGCCACUGACUACCGAAACCACCUUUUCCCGGUUUCUUGAUCCUAGAGUGCCAUUAUACGCGGCCGUCGCACAAGACUCAAAUGGUAAUUUGAUAGGGUUUGCCACAUACCUCACCCACUUGGGUACGAAGCUCACACAAGAGAACAUGUACCUCGGUGACUUGUACGUCAGUCCUUCGAACCGCCAGAAAGGUGCUGGUAGAAAGCUACUUGAAUUCGUGUUUAGUGAGGCCGAUCGACUUAACUGUCCCGGCUGCUUCUGGACCACCGAUAAGGAUAACCAGACAGCACAGCGGUUGUACAACAAGGUUGGGGUGCAAGCGGAUUUCGUGCUCUACAGACGAGCUUAAUGUAGUUGGUAUUUUAUAGUUCUACCUACGAGUUUGCAGUCGCACAGAAUGACAGAAGGAGGAUCGCGAUAAUCUAUUGAUUUUGUUUUAACCAAUGUCUGUAAAAGAACCGCUUCUUGACCAGCAAGAAUGGGAGAUGCAAACAGUCGAUCCAUAUGAAGAUAACUUUGCAUUUGCGCGGUUGCAUGAUUUGGCGAUGAAUCGUUAUCGUCAUCUAAUAUCAAGACCACAGUUGUUUGAUUUGCUACAACAAGCAUAUGAAAAUAGUCUAGAAAACAUCAGUGAAGCUGAACAACAAGAAACCCUUCGUAUUCUACGUGAGUUUGAUCCCAUAAGAUGGGACUUGCUUGUUGCAUAUGUGGAUGCAAAUUUGAACUACCAGAUGUUUUUGAAACGAUUAAUCAUGACAUCCACUACCAAGGGGGUGGAAAUAUCAAAGGACCGCCAAAAGAUUAUGUCUUGGUACUCCUUUACAGGGAAGGUGUCACCUGAGUAUCUGCAGUACCAAAGCUUUGCCGAAGCCCAUAUUCCAAAGGAGGGCCGCCCCUGCUUGAUCUUAACUUUUUGUGUGCUUCUGUUUUUCUUUUGGCUCGCCGGCCUCUUCAUCUAUUUACAGAACUAUUGAAGGGUUGUUUUCUUGUGUACAUUUGAAUAAAUAAUAAUUGAGUCUU